AACUUGCAUAAGAAGUAAAAAAUCCAGAGGUUUGGUCAGCUACAGCUACGACUUCAUCUCGUUAAAUCAAUCAAUGUCGCCGCUACCGGAAAUUAAGAAGAAGAAGAAGCCAUCUUCGACGCCCCAAUCAACCCUGAAAACAGCGUCACUACUUCCCCAUGAUUUGCUAUUGACCAUCCUCGCAAGAGUGCCAAGAUUGUACUAUCCGAUUCUCUCACUAGUCUCCAAGAGCUUUCGAUCUCUCGUGGCUUCACCGGAGCUUUACAACGUUAGGUCACUCUUAGGUCAAACUGAGAGUUGUCUUUAUGUGUGCUUAAGGUUGGGUUCUUCCUUUUCCUGGUUCACCCUCUCUCGGGAACCUGAUCAAACAAAGAGGAUGAAUUCAAGUGGCUAUGUUUUGGCUAAAGUACCAAUACCCUCGUGGUACGGUUCUCCUUACAUAGAUUUUUCGGGUCUUGUUGCGGUUGGUUCUGACAUCUAUAACGUUGGCGCAUGGAGAGGAACCUAUCUGUCACCCACCUCUAGAGUUUUGAUUCUAGAUUGUCGGUCUCACGAAUGGCGCGAGGGUCCAAGCUUACCGAUGGAGCUAGAGUUACUUUCUGCUAGCGUACUUGAUAAAAAGAUAUAUGUAGCAGGAUGCUAUAGAGAUAAAGAUUCUUGGAAAAACUCGUUCGAGGUGUUGAACACCAAAACACAGAUUUGGGAUCUUGAUCCCAUCCCUUGCAACGAAUUGUAUCGCCCUAGAAGCAUUUGUAUCGACGGGAAAAUCCAUGUGCUUACUUGUAGUGGUGUGAAGGUUGCUUUCAAUUCCAAGGAAGGUAGAUGGGACAUGGUUGAUGAACCAAGUAUGGUGACUGGUGGUAUUUGCGUUUCGUCUUCUUUCUGCGAGAUAGAUAACGUUUUGUACAUUCUAUCUCUUGACAGAAUUCUCAGAUGGUAUGACAGCGAGAAGAGAAGAUGGAGAGACUUGAAGGGUUUGGUAGGGCUACCUAGUUUGUCUUCUUGUUUUAGUGGUAGGUUGGCGGAUUACGGUGGAAAGAUGGCGGUUUUGUGUGCUAGGGAGAUGUCCCUUUCGAAGAUGACUACGAUCAGUUGUGUAGUGAUUGCGCUUGAAAGGCGCAAAAGUUGUGAAAUUUGGGGGAAAGUUGAGUGGUUUGAUAAUGUGCUUUCAGUCCCUGGAGCAUGUAAACUCGUUAAGGUUCUUGCUCCUACCCUUUGAUGAAUGCGUGUGGAUCGAAUCUGGGUUAGUUCCUUCCAACAUUUCCCUAAUUCUC